UCUUUCAAGAAUGCAUGGCUUCCUCCUAUUCCGCUUCAACAGAAGCCCUUAAAAUCCUGCUGCUAUGGCAGCAAGGGUUAUCCAUUUCAUAGGCGAGGGUGGGGGAGAAGCAAGCCGAACCUCUGAUCGACCCGGACACGUCAAAAAUUCUCGGCGCCGAGAGAAAGACGAGAUUCAGUAAGUAAUUCAGUGAGUGCUUUCUUUUAUAAGAAGAGCGUCGGCUUGGAAGAAGAAAAUGAAAUACGAACAACCGCGCUGGUUGUAAUAGAUCGACUUGAAUGCGUCUUCUUGCUCCAGCAUUCAAGUUCCAUUUCAAGGGAGGACGACGUACCAUGAUACUUUCUGUUUUGUCGAGCCCUGCUUUGGUCUCUGGUUUGAUGGUUGUACGUGCUAAAAAUCCGGUACAUUCCGUUUUGUUUCCCAUCCUAGUCUUUUGCGACACUUCUGGUUUACUUAUUUUGUUAGGUCUCGACUUCUCCGCUAUGAUCUCCCCAGUAGUUCAUAUAGGAGCUAUUGCCGUUUCAUUCCUAUUCGUGGUUAUGAUGUUCAAUAUUCAAAUAGCGGAGAUUCACGAAGAAGUAUUGCGCUAUUUACCAGUGAGUGGUAUUAUUGGACUGAUCUUUUGGUGGGAAAUGUUCUUCAUUUUAGAUAAUGAAACCAUUCCAUUACUACCAACCCACAGAAAUACGACCUCUCUGAGAUAUACGGUUUAUGCCGGAAAGGUACGAAGUUGGACUAAUUUGGAAACAUUGGGCAAUUUACUUUAUACCUACUAUUCCGUCUGGUUUUUGGUUUCUAGUCUGAUUUUAUUAGUUGCUAUGAUUGGGGCUAUAGUACUUACUAUGCAUAGGACUACAAAGGUGAAAAGACAGGAUGUAUUCCGACGAAAUGCCUUGGAUUCUAGGAGCCAUAUAAUGAACAGGACUAUUUCUCCUUUUGGCCAUAGCCAUAGAAGAAGCUUCUCCUCCGGAGCGGGGGGACCGCCUGACAAUUACAAAGAAACCUUUAAAAUGUGGAUUUAGUGCUCAGAAUAUAAGGAUUUCCCUGGCUUAAAAUGCAAGAUAGACAGACUUCUUGCAUUCCUUGAGCCUGGGGAGAUCCUAUUCAUGGUAAACACGUUCCCCCGGGACUUUCCUCUGCUCGAGAUCUUAAAACCCCAGGAUAUCCGAAAUAUAAUUGCUCACUCGCACAAGCAGUGGAAGCCACCCAAAAAGGGAGGCUAGUAAAUUUUUUUGGUAGGUUUGUAUUGUUUCUCGAAUUGGUAGGUUUCUCGAAGUAGUUUUAGUAGGUUUCUCAGGAAAUAGAGAUGCCGAGGCCCCUACUUACCUUAUGGGUAGGUAGGGGGAAGGAAGAGUGGGUCAGAGGGCUUCCUUCACAGUGCAUACC